UCCUGGUCCAGUCCUGGUUCAGUCCUGGUCCAGUCCUGGUUCAGUCCUGGUCCAGUCCUGGUUCAGUCCUGAUCCAGUCCUCGUUCCCGUCAGGAGAAGUUGUUUUUUCCCGAGCUGCAGCUGGAGCUUGAACACCUCAUGUUGGACUACGAGCGGCCGCCGUGCGCAUUAGGCUCCGGGCGGGCGGCGGCGGCGGGGGGUGGGCUGCUGUUCCCCGCGCACUCGCACAUGCACGCCCCGCUGGCUGCCAUGCCCCAGCGCUACUGCCACCAGAGACGCCGAGCCAGCACCGCGGCCGCCCGAAGGAUGGAGCGCAGACGGAGGGACCAGCUGCGCAAAGCCAACGACAACAACAGCAGCGGCGGCGGCGGAGGAGGAGGAGGAGGAGGUGGAGGGAGCGGGGUUACCGGGAGCAACCACAACAACCAGCGCUCCAAGAAACUCGCCAUGCUCUCCAGGUCUUUGCUCCUGUGCCACUCUAAUACCAGUGACGACCGCAGUCCGGAGGAGCGCACGCCCGGGGACAUUUCUGAAGCGUUCAGGACGUGGGGGUCCGGUUGGGGGGCGGAGCUAAGCACCGGCGCGCACACAAACUCUAGACCGACGGAGAACGGACAAACGUGGACCAACUGUCACCCCACGACCUCGGAGAAACAUCAGGAGGAGAACGAGCUUAGAACCAACGUCCUCAGGGAGAAGAAAGGCCUCAGGAGGUCCUUCAGCAUCAAGGACAGCAGUAUCUGGCGCAUGUGUGUAGCGGCUCGGCCUCACGAGGAGGCGAGACCCGACACGUCUGACCACAGCGUCCAGACCGAGGCCAGAGUGGAGUCAGGCCAAACACACAGAGCCGUCGGCCUCAGCUCAGACAAACUGGCUCCUUUUAACGGACAGGGCCUGAGUGCGAGCGGCUGGACGGGGCUGCAGCGAGCGAGGAGCGUCCACAUUAAAGCCUGCGCUGAGGACCUGUCCACGUCUGAGGACAUGUUUCACUCUCGUAGCCUCAGUGCCAGCCCCCUGCACCAGAGCUACCCCCCAGACGCCCUGUCCCUGCCCGGGUACACGGAGGACGAGCUGCUGGCCAACAACAACCACCUCAAGUUGCCGAUCCCAGAGGUGAAUGAGGACAGAUACUGGGAGACGGAGAAGACACCAGAGAUCCCACCUGCACAGAACGACAACAACAAGAUAAACAGCUCUGCUCCUGGAGUUCAUCCGUACUGGAUCGGAGACCUGGAGACCAUCAUCAUGAAGAACCCAGAACUGCACCAUCCACACAGGAACCACGCCUUAUAUGGAAACAGGAAGUCUCUGUCCCAGCAGCUGGAGAUCUUUCACAACAGCACACGGUGUGUGUCUCGUCCGUCUCGCUCCCUCAGCUCGGCUCAGCUCCUUCACUCCAGCUGCAGCACUCAGGCCUUCAUCAUCUGUAACAUCGUCCUCAUGAAGGGCCAGGGCAAGGGCCUUGGCUUCAGUAUCGUGGGAGGUAAAGACAGUAUGUACGGCCCGAUGGGGAUCUACGUCAAAACCAUCUUCCCUGGAGGAGCUGCUGCCGCCGAUGGACGACUGCAGGAAGGUGAUGAAAUUCUGGAGCUGAACGGAGAGUCACUUCACGGUUUAACUCACGAUGAGGCGCUCAACAAAUUCAAACAAAUCCGAAAAGGUGUUCUGAGUCUGGUCGUCCGUACGAGCCUCCGCGUCGACGCCCUGUGCGGCCCCACGCAGAUGGCGCUGUGUCGGUCGCGCUCCCUCAGCUCCACCGCGGCCGUGUCGCGGAUGAGCGCCGACAUCGCCGACCUCGGCUACCUCCGCAGCCCCGCCCACCCGCCCUCCAGCCCCGCCUACCGCCCCUCGAGCCACGCCUAUCAGCUGACGAGCCACGCCCCUCAUCAUCCCGCCUCUAGUCCCGCCUCCAACUCGCUGACCGUCCCCGAGCAGAGCCACAAGCCGCGGGACAGGGUCAUGAUGGAGAUCGUCCUGCACAAAGAGUCCGGUGUGGGGCUGGGUAUCGGUCUGUGCUGUGUCCCGUCUGCGGAGGGCUGUCCUGGGAUCUACAUCCACACUCUGUCCCCUGGCUCUGUGGCCCACAUGGACGGCAGACUACGGUGUGGAGACGAGAUUAUGGAGAUCAACGACACGGUAGUUUACAACAUGGCUCUGAACGACGUGUACACGGUGCUGAGCCAGUGCAGCCCCGGGCCGGUCCACAUCACCAUCAGCCGCCACCCGGACCCGAAGGUGUCGGAGCAACAGUUAAACGACGCCAUCGCUCAGGCCGUGGAGAACAGCAAACUCAGGAAGGACAAGAGCCAGUGGAGCAUUGACAGUCUGCGUAAAGAGUCGUGUUCGUACCGGAGGCAGAGGUGCGACGGGUGCGUGGACCACGGCCCGACUCCGCUCAGAGCUCCAAGGACCAUGACCCGCUCCUGCAGCGAGAACACCAACUGCAGAGACCACACCCGCUGCCACGCCCUCCUCACGCAUCACCAACACCACAGCCAAUCAGCCGCCAGAGUGCACAGCCUGGACACGCCCACGUCGAUGUCGGACACGUGGUCAGACAACAGGCUGUCGGUGCCGGUGUAUCCAGACGAAGACUAUAACAUCCCGUACAACUGUCCCCCCGGCAACAAGUCCAGCACGCUGACCCUUGACCUGGGCGUCAGGGGCAACAAGGAAGAGGAAGACACUCGAGACGAUUCCGGGGUCCGAGAUCUGAGCUCCUGCAGUGAAGACGCCGAGCUCCUCACAGGCGAGUCCUCGUUGGCUUCUCAGAACAAGAAAACCGCUCUGAGGAGACAGGACCGCGUCGACGGCCUCACCCCAGAACCGCUGCAGGAUCCCUGGGUCCGCUUCACAGACUCCUCCCCUAAAAGAGACCCUCCUCUGGACCCCGCCCACCCAUUCUCCACAAGCCCCGCCCAAUCCAUCCCCGACCAACCGCCAACCAUGAGCGACAACGACGAAACCCAGCUAGAUGUUAACGGCAACUCUAGUUUCGAUAAAGAAAACGAAAAUAAACUUGAACUGACCGGUCCGGCGGUCAAGCAGGGUCCUCCGGUGGCGCCAAAACCCGUCUGGUAUCGCCAAAGCCUUAAAAAAAUUCGCGAGGAGCAAAGUCAGAAGAAGACGACCAAAUCUCCCGUCGAUCCGCCAUCUUCCGUCGGGUAUAGCAGGAGUUUCGGCAGCAGGGGGCAGACUUCUUCCAACACCAAUUUGUCGAUAAGGCAGAAAAUUCACAGUUUUGAGACGUUUUCGAGCCCAGAAAGUCCAGAAAAAGUGAUUACCGCGAAGAGGCAAGUGUCCACAUCCAGUUCUCUUCCAACGAUUGAAAAAGAAACGAAGGUGAAGUUGACGAACAGCAGUAAGAAAGACGAUGCCAAAGACAUAAACGCCAACGCUUCGGUCUCAGGUUUGUCAACGGAAACGGUGAAAGAUGAUUCAAAAAGCGACUUAAGUUCAGAUACAACUACAACUACUGAUCCCAGUCCAGUGGUAGCACAAACUGAACAACUUUCACUAACGGAACCUGCAAACGAAGAACCAAAAUAUAUCGAUUUGGUACCGGAAGAACCAAACGAUGCGACGGAAGAAGUCACUGAAGCUGAGGCUUUGGAGGAGAUGACGGUGAGAUCUGCCGAUGAAGAACAGAACCUGGAACCUCCUGGAGAGACGGAAAACCAAACUGAAACAUCACCAGACUCAACACCAGGGGGCAGCGUUGUCUCAAAGGGCUGUGAGGAGAGUCUGGAGAAGGUCCUCGCCUUCAGUAACCAGGUGUCCAGUGCACUGAUGAGGUCUCUCCCUUUGACCCACAGCGCCCCCCAGGACCCCCAGGACCCCCAGGACCCUCUGGACCCACAGUCUGAGUCCAGUGAGAAACCAGGAUCUGAACCCGGACUGGACUCGGGCUUCUCCGUCAGUUUGGCGGCUCUGAGGGAGUGCUCCAUGAACCAGGGGGCGCUGUCUGUGCUGUCAGCCCUGCCCUCACAGGAAGUACAACAGCUCAUACAGGAAGUGCAAACUCUGGACCCCGAGGAGCUCAAGCAGCUGGAGGACAUCCACGUGGUGAUUCUGCACAAAGAGGAGGGGGCUGGACUGGGCUUCACUGUCGCUGGAGGCUCAGACCUGGAGAACAAGGCUCCAACAGUCCACCGGGUUUUCCCCUCGGGUCUGGCGGCUCAGGAGGGCACCGUUCAAAAGGGCGACCAGGUUCUGUCCAUAAACGGGCAGAGUCUGAGCGGAGCGACGCACUUGGACGCUACGUCCGCCGUGCGCCAGGCCCGGACCCUCAGCGUGGCCGUGGUGGUCGUCCGCAAGAGGCCCGAGCAGGAGGAGGAGGAGUCGAGGGAGGGGGGCGGGGCCGAGACCUCUGCUGCUUCAGCGGAGGAGGACGGGGGUCUGGUCAGUGUGAGUCUGGACAAAGGCUGUGGAGGAGUGGGCUUCACUCUGGAGGGAGGACGAGGCUCCAUCCACGGAGACAAGCCGCUGGUCAUCAACAGGAUCUCCACAGCUGGCGCCGCGGAGCAGAGCGGGCUUCGGUCUGGAGACGAGGUGGUGUCGGUGCAGGGGCUGAACCUCACGGACAUGACCCGCUUCGAGGCCUGGAACUACAUCAAGGCGUUACCUGAGGGCGUCGUCACGGUUACGGUCAGGAGGCGGGCUCAGUGAUGUCACCAAACGGGGUCACGAUGGAGUUAGGUGAAUUUGUCAAACGUUUUUUCCCAAAGACUUGAACAAUUUAAGGGGAGUUUCUCAGCACAAAAAAGAGCACAGUGUCCACAACUUUAUUUUCAAGUUCAAAUGAAAAAUAAAAUAAAAUAAAAUAAACAAAGCAUUCAUGACUUAAUUUAUCUGGUUUAACAUAUUCUUUUUAACAAUAAUUAUAAUCCUGGGGAAGACCCAAGACGCGCCGGAGGGACUGUGUCUCUCGGCUUGUCUGGGAACGCCUUAGGUCAAACUGAAGGAGCUGAAGGAAGUGCCUGGGAUGAGGGAAGUCUGGGGGUUCCUGCUUUAGCUGCUUGGUCCAUCCGUGUGUGGUUGAGCUCUGACCCACUUUAAGCGAGACGGACCAGAGCGAGGGGAGUGGAAUAAACCCUCGUCCUAUUCAUUUAUAUUCAAGGGGGGCCCAUGUGAGGCUUCUUGCCCCGGGCCCCCAAAUUUCUGUGUACGCCCCUGCUGUUUGCACAAAUUAUGUAUAAAAAAACACCCGAAAGAUUCUAAUCUAAAAGACACAUAAACUAAAGACAUUUUGAGUCGAAACGGAGCUCAUUUUCAUUUUUAUUGCAGACUGUGGUGUUUUCAGCAGUGCCCUCUAGUGGAGAAAAGUCAGAAUACAGCACCUCAAAUUUUUCAAAAACCAUUUAGAAGGACGCAACGGAAUAAUAAAUAAAUAAUAAAUGAUAAAUGCUAAUGUUUGCGCUUCAGGAGCUUCUGAUCCAUGCUCAUUCACGUUGUACCAUGUGACCGAUCGAGCCAAUCAGAGCGUGAGUUUAGCUAGAGCGGACACGGAGCGCAACCGAAGCUAACGAUUAAAAAGAGUUUAAGACAACAGAUGGAUUUUGAGCUUAGAAAAAGUUUAUAAUCUGAAAAUAGUAAAAAAAAAUCGUAACAAAAUUCGACCUUUGUGAAGAUACGUGAAGGAUUUUUUUCGUUGUAGUACCAAUGAGUGGCCACUAGUCCGACUCGGGGCAGCACUGAGCAGCAGGACCCUCACAUUUCUACUCUCAUUUAAACAUGACUCAUAUGUUUUUAACUCUUUGGGAAAAACGUGUUUAAGUUUCACCUCCAAAACCUUGAUCUCCACAGAAACGUUCAUAAAAAUAAUAAUGUUUUUUACACACAUCUGGAUUCAGGUUCUAUUUAUGUAAUGUCAUUUCACAACAUUAACAGAUCGUGUCAAAGUCAUAGGAGAAAAUGAAGCAAAAUGUUUAAAAAAGUAUUUAUGUUUAUUUCAAAGCAAAGUCUAAGAUUUAAUAAAGUGUCCGACAAGAACCGUG